GAUUCGCCCCUCCAAGAAAAAAAACCUCCCGCAUCCUGUGCAUCCUGUCGCAUCCAAAUUCAUCCCUCUCGCCAACCACCAACCGCGAGCAUCAGCGUUCAAUUCCCACAUCGACUCACCAUUGCUAAAAAUUUUAGACAGCUGGAAAUGAGAGUAGCCAUCUCGCCAUCAUGAGCGGAGUCGGUCUCGAGGUCCUGCUGGAAGGCCUCAUUCCCGAGAUCGCAUAUUCUGGUGAGAAAGGAGUGUCGAUAUCCGAGUUGCUUAAAAUAGUCCGGCAAUAUCAUUGGAAUCUUGGUGGGCAAGAUGCGUCAGCGCACGACCUCGCAGCGAAGGGCUUUCAGGGGUCACUCGAGGAUCCCAGCAGCAUCGAGAAAUCAUUGAGUGAGGCAGAGAUGGCGUCUGCCCGUUGGGCCUGGGACUGGCUGCGUUCUCAAUCACAGAUUCUCAUCAACGGCAAUAAGCGGUGGAACAGACUGGAGCUGAGCGAAGCCCUCGCCCUGCCAGAAGCCGACUCCAUCGACCCAGCACUCGCGUCAGCCUCAGGGGAAGCCGACGGAAGCGAAAAGUCCAAGGGCAAAAGGGCGAAACAGAUUCUCACCACUCGGCCUAGGAUAUGCGCAUCCGAGGAUUUGGUCUGGCAGACUUUGACUCGCCACAAUGUUGACUACAAGCGAGUACCUGCACUGGAAUGGGCAUGCCUGCAAGGCAUCGCAGCGGCAAGGGCCGAGGGCAUUCUCCAGAGCGACCUCCGCCGCCUGGUUGGCCAGGACAAGCGGUCGUUACCGAAGCGGACGGAUUCGCUUGCUCGGAAAGGCUAUAUCGCCAAGAGGACAGUCGUGGUGAAGAAAAUGAAGACUAGCAGACUAUGGCUGAUUGAUUUUGCCCCUCCGCUUGUCGAAGAAGAGACGGGCGGCCUCGACCUGUCACCCGAGACGCUCAGCAAAGACCUGGAGCCUGUUCCUUGGCAUCCCCGCUGGACCGGAAACAACAUCGAUAUGGAUGCCCUUGGCAGAACCGCUGUCGGCGUGCUCAAAGCCUUCAACGUCAUGCGGUACGCCGACCUACGGCAGAAGAUGGGCGUCGAGGGCAAGCGAUGGCAGAUGAAGACGCUUGCCAAGAACUGUCAACGUCUGGUGGACUUGGGUGUGCUGAAAUACACCGCCGCCUCCUUUCCGGGCUCGCGCAAGGUGUUCAAGGAUUGUAUCAAGUUCGUGAGGGAACCAAGCGCGGAGGAGUGGGACAGGUUCCUUGCCACGGGCAAGAAGACAUCCCAGUAUUCGGACGCGACCAGGCAUCGCGAGCCGAAACCCAAUGCGCUUGCGCUUUACGGGAAAUCUGACGAUCAUGGCCGGGGGACUGGCGCCGACCGGUCCAAGCUGAAGCGCAUCUUCAGCGGCUGGACGCCCGAGAAGCCUCUGGCCCAGACUGUCUUUGAGGUCAUUCGGAGUGCCGGUCCUGAAGGAGCUUCCAACCCUCAGGUCAGUGUGGCCACAGUGGGCUACCAACAUCGGCGAUACCUCUCGAGCUACCUUACCAAGGUAGCUGAAACACAACAGCCGCCUCAUCUUCAGAAAUUCCAGAUCGUUAGCAGGCUUGUACGCACAGGCAAGACAUCUGCCUACAUGUUUUCAGCGCCAGGAGCGGCAGAGCAAACCGCAUGGUCCCAGAUUGACGAAGAGACAAUGGAAGAGGUGGAUAAGCCGGCUGAGAACUCGUUAAACUCUAUCAGCACGGAUCCAUUCGGCUUUGGGGCCGUUCGACCCCGAGCCUUUGCUGAAGGAGAGAAUAUUUCGCUCUCAGAGUUGUCGCGGACCGCUAAGAAAUACAAGGCUUCCACUAAACGGAAGCUCUUGCCUCGUCUCAAAGCAGAACACAUCGCUGCAGCCGAAAUGUCUCAGGAGAUAGCGACUGGACAAGACACCGCGAUGGUAGAUCGAGAGGGACAGCUAGCCGAGUCUGAAAGCAAGUCAUCUCUGAAGCGGCGCUUUGAGGAGACCAUCGAGGAGGCCGAUAAUAUGGAAGACGGCGGAGCUGAGUCGUCUACCACCCAAGAGCCAGCCGCUCCGGCCGCUUCUACCAUGGGGGACGGCGACAACGAGGAAAUUGCGAGAAACGUAUCUGACGAGGACCUAAUCAUGAACGUACUAUAUAAUGGUAUCUUGGGAAAGCUGCAACUCCACCUUUCGGACCGCCAUCUCACUUGGCUGAGAUCUGGCCGAGGUUUGAAGAAGCCUGUCAUUAUUCCCGUGGACGACAGCCUUGAGGAGCCAGCCGUACGGGAUGUACCGGAGAGCCAGGAGAAAAGUUUGGUUCUGACCACGGGAGCCAAGGGUGGGGACUCGGCACCAACUUACGAGUUUAUCUUUGGCGGCGAAAGCUACAACAAUGCUGUCUGGAUCCAGCAAGAAAUCAUUAAGCUGAAGUCGUCCACGGAUGAGAAGCUUGUCAACGUCUCCGCUGAGCAGCCAGCGUCUGGUGAGAUUGAGGUCGCCUCCGAGGAGAUCACGGUUGAGGCUGCGCCGCCAGCAUCCGGAGCGACUCGCGGCGGAAAGCGCGGCCGCGGAGGCGGUCGUGGCAAGGGUAAGAAGAGAGGACAGCUUGGGCCUGGGGGAGCAAAACCAUACGUCUGCUCGACGUGUGGCGGCGCCUGGAAAAAUGACAUUGGUUUGAAAUACCAUCUCGAGAAGGCUCAGGUGCCUUGUAACCCGAACUUUGACCCUGCCGUUCUACUAAACAAGUCUCGAAAGCGCCGCAAGCUGUCUCCAGCGCCGCCGCGGCCCUCUUCUGCCGCCUCGGAAGCAGUUGGCGAGAAACUGACGAGUCGCACACGCCAGUCCAGAACUGCACGGAAGGGCGAGAAGAAGCUGCUGCCUUUACAUCGAAAAGUUCGCACUGCUAUGCGCUCUGCACACGAUCCAGCCCGCAAGAUCCGUGGCCUGAACUUCUCGGAUCACGGCAGUGAAGAAGAAACAACCACGCCGCCAGUGGAACGGGCCGAGUUGGCAUACAGGCGCGCUGUGUCACAGGCUAGUUGGCUGAGUAUGGAACAGAAGCCGGGGGCGGAGGCUUCUGCAGAACAGCUUCCGUUCACGGUUCACCCAGGCGUCCUCGGCUCUGGGAGGUGUUCUGAUGUCCAACUCAGCCCUACGCCUGGUGGCGUAGUUCCGCAGCCUGAAGCCGACCCCAGCCGCGAGAAUGGAGCGUCCGGAAAUCUCACGCGGCUUGGUGAUGCCACAGUUAUCGAUACCCUUCCUACCUACCAUCAGUUGGAGCCGCUUCCUGCUUCCCUGGCCACAGCCCCGGCAACGCCCGCGGCCGCGCAAGCUUCCAGUGAUCGUCUGAUGGCGGUUGAUACGCUUGCUGACAAGCCAUUGUCCCGUUCCAUUCUCGAUGACUUCACUUUGAGGCCUACGAACGAAUUUGCUGCGCGGAACCCAUAUCAGGAGAAUUCAUCUCAAAGUGAAUACCCGGAGCUCCCCCCUCACAAUGGUGAGCAAGAUACACGACAAGAACCGCACGAGGGCCAACAAAGCUCGAAACUCUUCGUCCCCUCCACAAACUACAACCGCGUGUCAAGUGAAGCCAAGAGGCGGACCGCCCAGGCGUUUGACAUUAUCAGUUACUUGCUGGACAACAACGGAGGUGUGUUUCCGGGCGAUAGGGCUCUGUUCUAUGCCGUGACCAAGGUAUUCUUGGAGGAGUUCAGGGGUCAAAUGCCACCCACGUGGAAGAACUACCAGGGCGCCGUCAAGGCGUUGGAGACUCGGAAUUUGGCCACCAUGCACACGCAUAUGCUCAAGACGGACAGAGGAAGGUUGCAGACAUGCAGCCUUCUCAUUAAGUCCGGUGUGAAUCCGAAUGGGGUGGUUGCCGGCAUGAUGAAGCAGAAGAUGCGUGAAGCGCACCCUGGACUAUACAUUCCAGCUCCAUUCUCGCCCACUCCGGAAGAGUUGGCUUUGUUGCAGGAGCUCGACCAGAAGCCAAGCAGCAAGCCGAACGCGAACGGUGAAAAGUUCCGCAGCAGGCGGAAGCUAAUCGAGGAAGUAGAGGUCUUCAAUGCACCUUACUACACUCAGAGCGCCCCGCCCAUGGAACCUCGGAAGGACCCUCUCUGGAUUUGGGAGUCUGAGAGGGACCUGGGGAGUGGCUUUGCUGGCCAGAAGCGGUCAGUUGACGAUGAGAGCUCGGCCGGUCCGUCCCAGAAAAGAAUCAAGAUUGAGCUCCAAGAGACUCCAUACGGCGACAUACCGGUGGAUCCUAGUAUCUCAGGAGAUCCAUCUGCCGAGGGACAGCCCUCUGUCCUAGAGGCGAUCAAGGCUUACAGCCUGCUACCAUCGAGAUCCGGACCGCGUGGCCAGCGCAGGUCGUACACGGUCAAGACGUUGACCAAAUUCCCGCGCGAGCUUGGUAGAAUGAGGAACCCCGGGUUGGCUAGUCUGCCCCAAAGCUUCUUCUUCAGAUGUAGCGCGGAGGACACAGCAUUCGAGCUAUCUAUGCCAAGGAUCCACUUUUUGGAUCCCAACACAAGUCUCGACAAUGAUGCUGAAGAACUUGAAGACCAAGGCCAGAGUCGGGAUUCGAGCAGAGAAACCAGUGAAGAUGUUCUCGACGGGGGCGGAGUCAACGAGUCACAGGCGGGAACUGAGAUCGCGGUCGAAGAGCAGCAAAAGCUCACAUUUGUGUGCCCCUCAAUUCUGGAGUCUAUAUCGAAAGGUAGCUGGGCUGACCAUCCUGUCGGUUUCUUUGAGCACCACGGUACCAGCUUCACCUUGCGUGGAUGGAUGCCCGGUCAGAGGUGGCUGCUCGCCCAAAACCUACCUUUCAGCGCAGAGGAAAUGGCUGAGAAGCAGCCGGCCGGUAGAACCAACCCGCGCGACUGGAUCGACAGGAAAUAUGCCAAGUUUUGCUGCUUAGUGAAUCAAUGUGCAGCGUGGGAGCAAUCACCGGCCGGCACGGCAGUGAUACUAGGCAGUUCGGUGGCCCCCGCUGACAUCUACAUUAAUGUCUCGCCUUCCCUGUCGAAGGUCAACAACGGUCCGGUCACUCUGAAGUGGUCGGAAGAGACGCAGUACGACCUCGAAACUCUCCCGUACGAAGAUCUAGAAGAUGACGAUUACGGGGAUGUUAACUAUGUCGAAGACGCCGAGAGGUAUCUUGCGAGAGAGGGGAGGUCGUCGCCCAAGAGGCGCCGCGGAGGGAAAAUGGCCGGGUCAGAGCCAAGGCGUAAGGGGGGAAGACCCCCCAAGCUCAAAUUGCUGCCCAUCAAAACGAUGCGUGAGCACACCGCGUACCCGAAGUCGGCGGAAGACUUCUUACGCGCGGCCAACGAGGAGGAUGAGGAACUCGACUGGUCCAGUGAGAACGUCCGGCUGGCAGCGUUUAUUGUGGUUACUACCUUGCUCGGUGGUGUCGACAGGGUUGUGGACUGGGGAUUGAUGAUGAGGCUCAUGCCUGACCAAACGCUCAGCCAACUCAGACACUACUGGGGUACUUUACGGAAGGAUCGCCAGUCGACCAUUGUCAGCUUGACAGAGAAGUUUAGGCGGGCCUUCCUCAAGGCGUACGAAAACAACGAGGUGCCGCCUAUCGACUUUGACAACGUUCUGGCAUACGAUUGGAAAUACCUGAUCAAGUGGACCACGAACCUUGACAUGGCUGAGCGACGAACGCUGCCAUCGACACGCGAGGCCUUGGAGGAAAGCUUCACGGUGUCCAAGUUCAAGCACGGGAACCGCGAAUGGAGAGAGGCCUUCUACCACCCGCAACGGUCCAGCUUCAACAAAUUCCAAGAUGCGACGUCCGAGCCCCUCGCCAUCGCCGUGGACGGUAUACCAGAUCCGCAGCAGAGCUCUGAGAUGACCGUGGCCAUGUCUUGGACGCGAUCACUAUGCGUGACGCCUGUCGAAGCGUACACAGCAGAGGCAGUACUCCAUAAGCGCAACAGCCUGUUCCCGAGCCGCAGCAAAACGGAGAUUACUGAGUUGAUGAUUAAGGGCGUAGACCAGCUCCAGCGGCAUGGCGUCAUCUCCAAGUCGUCCUCCAAGUGGUCAAACGGGCGCAAGUGGCGCUUCAACACGCGAGUGCUUGAUUCGCUUGAGAAGCAAGCUCAGCAAGACAAGUUCGCCAAGGCAGUGCAGUUCAAAAAGGAGCUCGAUCAGGCCUUCAGGGCGGGCGAGAAGAAGAAGCGCGUCACGUACCUCACCAGUGACGGCAUGAUCAUGGCGUUGCUGAACCUGCAAGCCAAUGGCCGCGUCCGGAUCGAGACCACGGGUCAGCCGAAUGUGCCCAUGGGACACGAGCCGGGCAACUACGAGACGCGCAAGUACACCAAGAAGUACUUGCACUUCCGUCUGGACGUCGUGCCGACCGAGUCCUAUGUCUACAACGAGGUCGUUGCCAACCAUAACGACCAUUGCAGUGAAGACACGUCUCUCGCCGACUUCAUAGCCCGUGUCAAAGCUGCCCGACCGCCCACGAAGGGCCCCGACGGCGCGGUUCCGGUCUGGUGCGACGUCUUUGGCAAGGUCCACACGGAACGCUGGCUCAAGUAUCUGAGCGCGGUGCUGAUCACACUUGCUUCGCGUGGCUCGAUGCGGGCCCCCGACGUGGUCAAGACGCUCAAGCCUAUCAUCAUGCUGUUCGAGGCCGAGAUGAUCAUGGAAUGGGCGGAAGAGCUGGGCUUGUUGAAGGCACAGCUAGAGGGGUGCGCGCCCGCUGUUAUGGAAUGGUGGUGGAUGGCUAUCGAGGCGCAACGGGAGGGAUUGAGGACGCCGGCUCCGGCCGAGGUGGAAUUUUCGGCGCCAACGGGGCCAGUGACGGUUACCGGUGGGAAGCAGAGGAAGGCGCUGCCUUCGUCGCGCCCCUCGAGGGUUGUUGAGGGGGUUUAGCGGUGAGGAGAGGAUUUUUCGGAUCGAUGGGAGAGUGACCCUGCUUCUUUUUAUUAGCCUGUGUCAUGGUAUGGGUGUCUAUCUGAGCGGCAAUGGGAAAACAUCGGGGGAUAGAGGUUGGAUUUUCCCUAGCGAUACCCCUUAUAGCUGUACAUUUACUGUUUAUUGCUUAACGAAAAGUUGGUGGAGGAGUUUGUCGAGGAUCGAGGAGGAUUCUU